AUGCACUCGCGUCGACCCGAAACCUUGAAGAUUGACAUCUUCAAGUAUAGGGGAGUCGAAGAGGACUCCCUCCUGAGAUGGUUCGUCGAAUUGGAUGACACCAUAAGGGCGCGUCGCAUCGACGAUGGGGAAAUGCAAGUUGCAUUUGCCCAGUCAAAUCUGGCAGGGCGUGCCAAGACUUGGGCACUGGGGCUCAAGUUGCACGACCCGUAUGCGUUUUGGUCGUUGGAAGUCUUCAAGUCGCGGCUCAGACAAACGUUUGAACUGCCUAGAGCUGAGUUCAGAGCUCGAACCGAACUCUUGAAGCUCAAACAGGGUAAGCGUGAUGUGCACGCUUACGCGCAACAUAUACGACAUCUCACGAGUUGUAUAAGUUCCAAUCCGGUGGAUAAACACACGUUGAUUUCGGUGUUCAUGCAGGGUCUUGCGGAUGGUCCCGUCAAGACUCACCUGUUCCGGCUUGAACUAGAUUCACUAGAACAAGCCAUUUCCAUUGCGGAACAGGAAGACUUCAGUCUGAGACAGGCUCGCGCCAGGUCGACAUCAUAUCGUCAACCGAGACGAUAUGACAGCGGAGGUCCAGAGCCGAUUGAACUCUGUUAUGUGGAGAGCGAGAAGGCUCGCUCUACAGACUACAAGAAGUUGCAGAAAUGCAACAGAUGUCAAAAGACAGGACACUACGCUUACGAGUGUAGUGCCCCUCGUCCAGUGUCUCGCAACACUGGGCGUAGUGACCGUCCACCCAUGAGAAAGGGGCAGGGACGAGGGUCCGCUGUUGGUGCAAAGACGCAACAACGGGAUGGACAGUAA